GUCGGUCGGAAGUUUUGGUCACUGUACAAAUGAGGGAGACUGAGGCUCCAGAGAGUUUGGAUCUAUGGAAGACCAGGGCGGGGUGUUCCCCGCCCCCCCCACCCCGUCUUCGGCCGGAUCUUCGCGCUCCUUGGGGGGGGGGGGGGAGACAGCCGCAAGGACCCCUGGGAGUUGACGCCUUUCAGGGGUCGCUAUGGCCUCGGGGGCGGGGCGGGCGCUUGGGCCCACUCGGCGGUUUGGCCGGGGGGAGGGGUUUCGGAGGCCCCGCCCCGGCCCCGCCCCCCGCCGCCAUGCGGCCCGCCUGGACUGCGCUCUGGCUGCGCCUUGCCUUGGCUCUGGGCCUGGCCCUCGUUGGCCCCCUGCCUGUGGGGUGGUCCUCGGCCCGGGUCCCCAUCUAUGUCAGCAGCUGGGCCGUGCGGGUGUCCCAGGGUUACCGGGAGGCCGAGCGCCUGGCGCGCAAAUUCGGCUUCGUCUACCUGGGGCAGAUCUUUCCUGACGGGCAGUACUUCCACCUGAGGCACCGGGGCGUGGUCCAGCAGUCCCUGAGCCCACACUGGGGCCAUCGCCUGCGCCUGAAGAAAGACCCCAAGGUGCAGUGGUUCGAGCAGCAGACGCUGCGGCGGCGUGUGAAGCGCUCGGCGGCGGUGCCCACGGACCCCUGGUUCUCCAAGCAGUGGUACAUGAACAACAAGGUGCGGCCGGACCUGAACGUCCUGCAGGUCUGGAGCCAGGGGCUGUCGGGCCGGGGCAUUGUGGUCUCUGUCCUGGACGAUGGCAUCGAGAAGGACCACCCGGACCUCUGGGCCAACUACGACCCCCUGGCCAGCUACGACUUCAAUGACUACGACCCAGACCCCCAGCCGCGAUACACGCCCGGCGACGAGAACCGGCACGGGACCCGCUGUGCCGGGGAAGUGGCCGCAAUCGCAAACAACGGGUUCUGUGGAGCGGGUGUCGCCUACAAUGCCCGGAUCGGAGGCGUGCGCAUGCUGGACGGCACCAUCACGGACGUCAUCGAGGCCCAGUCGCUGAGCCUGCAGCCGCAGCACAUCCACAUCUACAGCGCCAGCUGGGGCCCCGAGGACGACGGCCGCACGGUGGACGGCCCGGGCGUCCUCACCCGCGAGGCCUUCAGGCGCGGCGUGACCAAGGGCCGCGGUGGGCUGGGCACUCUCUUCGUCUGGGCGUCGGGCAACGGCGGCCUGCACUACGACAAUUGCAACUGCGACGGCUACACCAACAGCGUGUACACGCUCUCCGUGGGCAGCACCACCCGCGAGGGCCGCGCGCCCUGGUACAGCGAGGCCUGCGCCUCCACACUCACCACCACCUACAGCAGCGGCGUGGCCACCGACCCGCAGAUCGUCACCACGGAUCUGCACCACCGGUGCACGGACAAACACACGGGCACCUCGGCGUCGGCCCCGCUGGCCGCGGGCAUGAUCGCCCUGGCUCUGGAGGCCAACCCGUUCUUGACAUGGAGGGAUAUGCAGCACUUGGUGGUCCGAGCGUCCAGACCCGCGCAGCUCCAGGCUGAGGACUGGAGGACCAACGGCGUGGGGCGCCGAGUGAGCCACCACUAUGGCUACGGGCUGCUGGAUGCGGGGCUGCUGGUGGACAUGGCUCGAACGUGGCUGCCCACACGGCGCCAGCAGAAGUGCGUCAUUGAGAUCGUACACACCCCCACGCCCGCAGCAGGCGCGCUCACAGCCCGCGCCGCCCCCAGCCCCAUCUUGCCGCUGACGCAAGUGAGGAGGAGCGUGUCGGCGUGCGCUGGCCGAGCCAACCACAUCCGCUCGCUGGAGCACGUGCAGGUGCAGCUCUCGCUGUCCUACAGUCGCCGCGGGGACCUGGAGAUCUCGCUCACGAGCCCCAUGGGCACCCGCUCCACGCUCGUGGCCAUCAGGUGCAGGGGUGGGGUACCCGGCCCCGUGGCAGCCGCUCUGUCCUUCCCCAGACCCUUGGACGUCAGCGGCCAAGGCUACAACAACUGGACCUUUAUGUCCACCCACUUCUGGGACGAGGACCCGCGGGGCCCCUGGACGCUGGGCCUGGAAAACAAGGGCUACUACUUCAACACGGGGACGCUGUACCGCUACACGCUGCUGCUCUACGGGACGGCCGAGGACAUGACGGCGCGGCCCCCGGGCCCCCAGGUGACAGGCAGCGCGUGUGUGCAGCGGGACACAGAGGGGCCGUGCCAGGAACGCCACGGCCCCGCCCACGUCCUGGGCCACCUCCGCCUCUCCUACUGCCCGCCCAGGUACCUCGGCCACACCCGGCAGGCAGUGACCGCUGGGCCCGGCCGCUCCCGCCCUGUGAGCCUGCUCGAGCCGCGGCGCCUCCUGCUACACCUGCCUCGGCCGCUCCCCGCUCACCUGCACUGCCUGCCCCCCCCCCCCCCCCCCGGCCUCCACGCUGGACGAGCGUCGCGGCUCCUGCUCAGGACCCGUCCCUCCCAGCGGCCUCCCCCCAGCCCGCCGCAGUCGCCCACCCCGGCCGCCACUGCGGCCGAGCCCGGGCCGUGGUACUGGCCCCGCUGGCCGUGGCCUUCGGGAGCCCCUCACUCCGCAGUGUCCUCGCUGUAGGCUGCCCACCUCUGUGUGCGGGGCCCCCCGCCACCACCCCAGGUCCAGCUGCUGGCCGGGACCUAGAGACACCUGAGUAGGGGGCAGACGUGUGUCUGUGCAGGCACUGCCAUCCUGCUCCUUUGCUCCAGACUGGCACCUGGGCUGGGGGGUGCAGGGACCCGCCCCCGGAGGCUCUGGCUAAUCACUGAGGCCCUCAGGCCAGGGGCGGCCUGCUGGAAUCCCGAACCCGAAAUUGGCAGGUCCGGGUGAAAGAGAGAGAGAGAAGUCUAGCUACACGGUUUGGGGUGGGGGCGGGGUGGGAUGGGGCGGAGGCUGGGCUGUGACAGCCGUCCCCUCCCAGCCCCAGAAGUGGGGAGAGGGGCAAGGGGAACCAAUGACAGCAUCCAGAGUCUCUGGCAUCAUGUCAGACCUCGGAGUUUGCAAAUAAAGGUUGAAUAGGA